AAUUAUUUUAUCAUGCGGUAGAAUUGUACUUGGUGAUCAAAGUAGGAAUGUUUUGGACGACUCUCUCCUUACCCUUAAUUCGUUGUUGCUGAAUGUUAGGAGAAUGUGCACCGAACAUCCGAGGAUGGAAGAACUUGCUAACAUCAUUGUCCGUAUGAUUGAAUCCAUAGAGCAACAUAAGAAUUCCUCGUUUCCAUCGGUCAGGUUCUUUUCUGCCAAUCAACAGAGGACAAGAGGUCGUCCUGUGUAUGUAAUUUCUCGAGAACAGCUGGAAUUCUUCAUUGAAGCUGGCUUUACAAGACGACAAAUGGCAGAUCUUCUGCAUGUGUCUGACUCAUCGGUCAAGCGAAGGCUUAGAUCCUUUGGUCUAAAGCUGAGGCAGACAUACUCGGUGCUGUCAAAUAAUGCAUUAGAUGAUCUUGUACGAGAAGUGACCCAAGGGAACCCGUCCCUUGGUCAGAGAAUGGUUCAAGGCCUGCUGCAGAGCCGAGGACAUAGAGUUCAGAGGCAGAGAGUUGCUGACAGCCUAAUAUGA